UUAUAAUGCAAGCAUCAACUAAUAAGCGAAAAGGGGAGAACGUCAUAACACAGAAUGCAUGGCCUACUGAAACCAAAUUGUCGAGACAGGCCCAUACACGCAAAAACAAAAAAUUUAGGCAUGAUCAGAAACAAGCUGAGAUGUUUCACGAGUUGGACGUUGACAUCCCUUUGCUAAUCGAUGAUAUCAGGAAGUGGACAAGUAUUCCUCUCUGCUCUUCAGAUCGGGUAUCAACCAAAAAAAAUAAGGCUUGGUACGACAUAUCGGCCAAAGAAUUACUAAUUGAAACUCUAAUUAGAGAAGCAAAAUCUUCUGACAGUAACUCUUUUGAGUUGCCUGAGAUUCUGUCAAACUUUCUCUCUCUAAUCUAUACUGACAUUAUUAGAGAGACCGAUGUUGGCAUUAAGGGAUCAUCGCCUAAUAUCACUAAUAAGCAAUUGUGGGUUGUUUUCAGCCAGUGGCUAGGCUUAAAGAGGCAGGAUGGUUCAUUAAAAAGAAAGCACGUACGACAGCACCUCAGGUUGUUAUGGAAAAAACUCUGGUAUGCUCAUAAUAUCCAAAGUGAUAGGGACUUUCAAGAUCUUUUUGAUACAGCUACCAUUUUUAAUACUCGAAGAGAAAAGGCACAUCUGAUCAUAUCAGCAUGUCAUAAUCCCCAAUCAAUAAGUGAAUUAGUCCAAUUCAAACAUAUAGCAGAACCAGAGUACAUUACGAAUCUAAGUGGCUGA